GAUGCAUCACUAUUACUGGUUUCCAGGGGUAACCAUAGCGGUGAAACAUUCUAGCAUCUCAAUGUUAGCCGCUUUAGCGUAUCGCUGCGUGUAUUAUACAACACACACAUACACACACAUACACAAACACAAAAGUUUCGUUUGGUGCUAUUUAAUGAUUUUAUAUGGAAAGCUUAAAAUAUUGACAUGCUAGUUAGCCAGCUAGCUUUUGGGAUAACGCUAAAUUUCCACCAGCUAGCAUUAGUAAUGUUAACUACCUAGCAUUGUCUCUCUUAACUAAUUAGCUAAUAGUUCAUUAUCUGUAGUUAGUGUAAACGCUAAUAUAGAGCCGUGACUGUUUUUGAGGUGUCGUUUUUUAUCUAAUUCGGUAAAAUGUUCACGGAUGAAUCUCUCGAUAUUGUCGGGUUUCAGUCAUCGUGGAAAAAGUCGCACCGACAGACUCAGGACUCGAAGACGUGUCAGACCGUCCCGGUUCACACGGCCGAGGCUGAGACGCAAGUCAGGAGUGUGUUAAGCAGCAGCACGCAGACCGAUCCUCCAGAGAACCUCACUGAUCAGCUCACACUCCGCUCGGAUCUGCCGGCUGAGCUGCCCGGGCUGAGGGAUUUCCUGCACCGUGUGGAGGACCUGGUCAUCCAGGAGCUGGUGAAGAACUCAAAGAGCCACGCUUUUGAUGGGUAUGAAGUGAACUGGACUGAUCAGCAUGAGACGAUGUCAUGUUUAUUCAGGCUUGGGUACAGUGAGGCUCGGGGCAGGGGGCUGCAGGUGACCAGCGUAUCCUGGAACUGCACCGGUUCUGUUAUCGCGUGUGCUUUUGGCCGUGUCGAUGACGGUGACUGGAGCACUGAGAGGUCGUACGUGUGCACAUGGAAUCUGGACCGUAGAAGAGUGAACCCGAAACAGCCCGACACGGUCAUAGAGACGGCAACACCCGUCAUGUGUGUGUCCUUCCAUCCACUGCAGCCGUCUCUGAUUGCAGGAGGGCUGUACAGUGGAGAAGUGAUGGUGUGGGACUUGAGUCGCACUCAGGAUCCUGUUUUGGCUCAAACAGGGAUGUGUUCAGAUACACACAAAGAGCCGGUAUAUGAGGUGAAGUGGGUCCCAGGGCCUCGUCGAGGAGAGAUGGCGGUUGUAAGUGCGUGUUCAGGAGGUCGAGUCCUGCGCUGGAGUGUAGAUGGAGCAGAAGGUAAACUGACUCUAACAGCUGGAUUUGCGUUUGUCAGGCAGCAGCUCCCUCUGAGGCGAUCAGCCAGCAGGGUGAGAGGUGACACGGCUGUAGGCGUGACGUCUCUCGCGCUCUCACCCUGGGACUCGGACAUGUUCUUGGUGGGCACUGAGGGGGGUCUGGUGCUCAAGUGUUCCUUCAGCAGUCAGACGGUGGCAGCGGUGCCCCCUGAUGGUGAGAGUGUGACACUACAUGCUCCUGCACAGUUCUCUUUCUCACCCCGAGCCGGUCCCGUUCAGUCGCUCCACUUCUCCCCCUUCCACAGGAACCUGUUUGUGAGUGUGGGGACAGACGGCAUGGCGCAUGUCCACAGUGUCCUGCAGCCUGGUCCCCUGCUGUCCCUGCGUGUUUCUGACUCGUACGUGUUUGGAGUGCGGUGGUCGCCCGUUCGCCCACUAGUGUUCGUUGCAGUCACUGGGCAAGUUAUCAAGAAAAAAAUGACACCACUUUUAAUGUUACCAAGAACUGCAAAAGGUGUGUUGCAGGUGUUUGAUUUGGGUCGGAAGUGUCUCAGACCGGUGGCCACCGUUGAGCAGGACACUGGGGGUCAGUGCGCUCUGUGUGUGGAGUUUAACCAGCAGCAGCUCCUGGCGGUGGGGAAUGCAGACGGUACGGUGAACAUCUGGCAGCUGAGUGCCGAGUUCACUGAGCAACGGCCCAGAGAGAGUGCCGUCCUGCAACAGCUCGCAGAUGAUGUACCUGAGUGACCAGGCUUUAGGGUGGAGUCCAGGAUGGAGAACUCGUCCCGCUCAGUGAUGGGUGACUUUGACCUGAUCCUGUGGGAGAAUUCAGGAGGUUGGGAAAUUUAACCAUUAUUGAGCGAGGCCCUAACCCUCUCUGCUCCAGGGGCAUUGUAUCAUGAUUGACCCUGCACUCUGACCCCAACUUCCUGGCGUGCUGGGGUAUGUGAAGAAAAUAAUUUCACUGCACUGUAAUGUACAUGUGACCAAUAGACUCAUUAUCAUUCUGAUGCGAAAAUGUUCACUUUGUUUACUAGAUAAAAAUGGCAGUUGCAGUCUAACAUUAGCACAUACAGUGCUGUGAAAAAGUAUUAGCCCCAUCCUGAUUUCUUCUGUUUUUGUGUAAAUAUUAUACUAAAUAAUUUUAGAUUUUCAAAUGAAAUGUAUCCUGAGUAAACAUAAAACACAGUUUUUACCUAUUUUGUUUUUUAUUGAAGCAAAAUAAAGUUAUCCAACACUGA